AUGGCCGGGAACGCAGAGAAAAUACCUAUUGCCUCAGCGGGACCCGAGGACUUGCAACAGUUUUUACCCCCGGCCUACUCUGCGGUGGCCGUGAAGCCCACCGCCACGGGGCGUCUCAUUAAAGCUGGGAUAGCAGUGCUCAUUGCCGGGACUCUUCUGCUGCUGCUGGGGGCCGUGGGGGCCUUCUACUUCUGGAACAACAAUGAGAAACAUGUCUACAAUGUCCACUACAGCAUGAGCAUCAAUGGUAAAGUUGAGGAGGGCGCAAUGGAAAUCGACUCUGCCAACAACAGGGAGAGCUUCAGCACCGGCAGCGGCACGGACGAGGCCAUGGAAGUGCACGACUUUGAAAUUGGGAUCACUGGGAUUCGAUUUGCGGGAGGAGAGAAAUGCUACAUCAAGACGCAGGUGAAGGCCCGACUGCCCGACGUGGACACGCUCAACAAAGACUCCCUCACAUUCGACCUGGAGGACGAAGUGAUGCCUGCCAAGUUUGACGACAUGAUCUGGGUGGCAGCUGACGCUCCGCUGACGGACUCUGCUUUCCUCAGCACCAGGAUCAAGGACCUGUGUGGUGACCUGCCAAUCUUCUGGCUCCGUCCCACCUACGCUACCAGCCAGCAGAGGAAGAAAAGGACAGUCCCCCGGCAGAAGCGCCAGGUCGGUGCUGAAGAAGACGUGGAAGCAGAAUUCAACCCAGAAAACCCCUACCAGAGAGGUCUUGAGGGGGAGACGGGCGACAUGAACAUCGACCCCAUGUUGGACCACAGUGGGGUCUGCUGUCACGAGUGCCGUCGCAGCUACACUCACUGCAUGCGUGUGUGCGAGCCGCUGGGAGGGUACCACCCCUGGCCCUACCACUACAGGGGCUGCCGGCCCGUGUGCCGCGUCAUCAUGCCCUGCAACUGGUGGGUGGCCCGCAUCCUGGGCCUGGUGUAA